AUGGUAUAUGAACGUAGUGACACGGGUCUAUUCGUGGGCAUGUGCAGUGUCGACUAUCGCCUUUACGUGUGGUUCGACUCGCUCGCGACCAUUCCCGACGCUCGAGAGCAAAUGCAAGUGCUGCUAGAUCGACUUCGACAUGACGAAGAGCUCAUGUCCGUCGCUCUCUUCCUGUCCAGCACCGGAUUUCCAUCAGUCAGUUCACUUGGGAUGUGGCCUUAA